AUGGCAAAAACACGUAAAGAAACUACAAUAGAGGAAAGGGAAAUAAUAGUGAAAUUAAAUUAUAAAGGCAAAUCUGUGAGACAAAUUGGGGAAAUAAUUGGCCGGAGUUUCUCGACAAUUGUCCAAAUAAUAAACCGGGCCGAAAAUUCAGGAACCGUAGAAAAUCCUCACAGAAUUGGUCGCCCUUCGAAAAUGGAUGACCGUACUAAUAGAGGUGUUUUACAAGAAUUAGGGAAAAAUCCGAAACUCAGUGCUCCAAAAUUAGUUGCAAGUACAUCACAAAAGUUGCACACUGAUAUACAUGCCGAAGCUAUUCGUAGAUUUUUGUGGCAAGAAGGAUAUCACGGCCGAUCUGCCAAAAAAUUAGUGCUGGGAUCGACCUGGGUCUUUCAACAGGAUAACGAUCCCAAACAUACUGCAAGAGUUGCAAAGGAAUGGCGGUUGUAUAACGAUCCAAAACAACUCCAUUCACAACCCCAGUCGCCUGAUUUGAAUCCCAUAGAACAUCUAUGGGAUUUUUUAGAACAAAAAAUUAGGAAACACGACAUAACUGGCAAGGAGUCUUUGAAACGCGUUAUAAUUGAAGAAUGGCAUAAAAUACCGUCGACUGUCAUUUGUAACCUAGUUCAAUCUAUGCCAAGACGCUUGGAAGCUGUGCUUCAAGCAAAAGGUGGACCAACAAGGUAUUAG